AGUUAAGCUUCCGAGUUCUGAAUCACAUUAAGCCUUUUAAGAUUUCUCUUUCAGUCAUUUUUAAGGUUUGUCUUUCCGUCUGGAGGUACGCCUUUUCUCCUUAAAAUCAUCUUCGAAUUUCAAUACCCCCUGCUGCUACGUACUAAUACUAGCUACAAGACUGCUACCAGCCUACCACUGUUUGUAAGUUUUUUUUGUUUUCACAAGCUUUGACCUCAGAUUGCUUACUUAGUUGAGUAUUUUUUGUGUUGUAUUGUAAAUACAGUAUGAGUGAAAUUUAUUUCUCAGUAUUUUUUUUCAAUCUAUGAGAAUGAGUUUGUUCUAGGAUUUGAUCUGAUUGAAUUCUAAGGAAGUCAAAGUUCAUGGAUCAAAAUCAUUGUACUUUUAGUAGUAGUAGUAGUAGUAGUAACAGUGGUAGUACUGAUACAUCAUCAUCUUCAAAUGUAAGCCAAGAGGAGGAGUUUGAGUUUUCGGAUGUGGUUCUCAACUACAUAAACCAGAUGCUUAUGGAAGAGAACAAUGAUGAGAACAAUCUCGUGUUCCAAGAAGACUACUUAGCUCUUCAAUCUGCAGAAAAACCCUUUUAUGAUAUCCUCGGAGAGAAGUACCCCACUGAUUCCAACCCAGGAGUCCAAAUUGAUGAAAACUUCACUCAUUACAAUGGUAAUAAGAAUGCAGUUGAAACUAGUUGGAUUGAUGAACUUGGUAUGUAUGCAACUUUGUUAAAUGCCGAAAGUGUUCCUAGUGAUUAUACUUUUCAGGCGGAGGCGCAGACUCCUCAAUUGUCUUGCAACCCUUCAGACAGUUUAAAUUCUAUUGUAGAAGGACAAGUGGAAUCAGGGGAGGAUAAGGUUCAGGUUACUGAUGUGCGUUCAGAGACUGAACCCGUUUGGCAGUUCAGAAAAGGUGUCCAGGAAGCAAAUAAAUUUCUUCCGGAUAAUAAUAGCGUAGAGCGUAAUGGAUUCAAUUGCGGUAAAUUUCUUCCGGAUGUUGUCGUUCCGUUGGACAAGGAUGUGCAACAGAUUUCAUCGAGAGGAAAGAAAAAUGUGCACAGGGAAGAUAUAGAUUUAGAAGGGAAGAGUAAUAAGCAGUUGGCGGCAGUACAGACAGCAAUGUUUGAUAUGGUGUUGAUCAGUGAUGAUGAAAAAGGGAAGAAGGCGGAUUCAAUUCUCCGUGAAUCCUUGAACAUUGAAACAAGAAAGAACUUGCACCAAAAUGGUGGGAGAAGGUCUCAUGGUAAGAAACAGGCCGGCAAAAAGGACCUGCUGGUGGAUUUGCAGACCCUGCUCAUUCAUUGUGCACAAGCUGUUGCUGCUGGUGAUAGUAGGACUGCUACCGAACUAUUGAAGCAGACUAGACAACAUUCAUCCCCUAAUGGAGAUGGUUCACAAAGAUUAGCUCAUUACUUUGCUGAUGGUCUCGAGGCACGUUUGGCUGGAUCUGGGAGCCAGAUUUGCUCAACUCUCCCGCGCAAGACAGCAUCAGCUGUUGAUUUUCUGAAAGCUUAUCAGCUCUUUAUGGUUGCACUUCCAUUCUUGAAGAUAUCAAAUUUCUUUGCUAACCAAACAAUAGGUUAUCUGGCUGAAAAUGCUACUACUAUCCACAUUAUAGAUUUCGGCAUCCUUUACGGUUUCCAAUGGCCUUGCCUCAUCCAACGCCUUUCGAAAAGAAAGGGUAGUUCUCCUAAACUCAGGAUUACGGGGAUAGGAUUACCCGAACCUGGUUUCCGUCCAGCUGAAAGAGUUGAAGAAACUGGUCGUCGUUUAAGAGAUUAUGCCAAAGAACUCAAUGUCCCAUUCGAGUACCAUGGCAUUGCUCAGAAAUGGGAAACCAUUCAACUGGAGGAUCUCAAGAUCAAUACAGAUGAACUUCUUGUUGCCAACUGUAUGUAUCAAGGUAAGAACUUACUUGAUGAGAGUGUGAUAUUGAAUAGUCCAAGGGACGCUGUUCUGAAGCUGAUAAGGAAGAUGAAUCCUGAUGUUUUCGUCCACGGGAUUUUGAAUGGUACCUAUAAUUCUCCAUUCUUUGUUCCACGGUUCCGGGAUGCUCUCUUUCACUUUUAUUCUAUGUUUGAUGUGCUUGACACAAUUGUCCCCCGUGAUAAUCCUGAGAGGAUAUUCAUUGAAAGAAAUUUUUUGGCGAAGGAGGUUCUCAACAUUAUAGCAUGCGAGGGAUCUGAGAGGGUUGAGAGGCCAGAGACUUGUAAGAAAUGGCAUUUAAGGAAUACAAAGGCUGGGUUGAUGCAACUCCCACUGAACACGCAUAUCAUCAAGAAGGCGAAAAAACAAGCAAUAUCAGACUACCAUAAGGAUUUUGUUGUAGAUGAAGAUGGCCGGUGGUUGCUGCUAGGAUGGAAGGGAAGAACCCUCUUUGCCGUUUCUUCUUGGAAGCCAAUAUAAGACUUUUUAGUUUUAUAACAACUGGUUUUAACUCCGAAACAUGUGAGUUAAGCUAUUUUACUUGUAAAGCCAAUUACUUAAAGAACAACAAGAGCAAAUGAACGUGCAUAAGGUUUAAACAGUAUACAUUUUUAGUUUACUUUUAAAUUUGAGGAUUCAAAGAAGAGUCAGUGAGAAACUUAACUCACUGUCGGAUGACCUGUUAUCAUAGCUUGCUCAUACGCCAUCAUACCAUUUAUUCUUGGAAGCUCUCAAGGAGACAUUAGGGCCUUCGGGGGGACUUCUUUCGCCCAGAAAAUAGUGGCCUAGUAGGGGGAUUUCUGUAUUAGGAUGUAAUGCUUCCUAGUUCCUACAUGCCUUAGUAUUGUUCGCGUUUGUACUGUUUGGAAUCAAAAGCUGAAGAGCUGCUAACAUCUGCCACCAACCGGUUACCGGUCCCUAUAUAAUUCAUCAUCUCAUCGUAAGUUUGUACGAAGAGUUUUGCAUCGUAUUAUUAUAGUUAGUGGAGGUUGUAGACGCGACAUAUAAAUCAAAUAGUUGCAGUUUACUGG